AUGAAUCACAUUUAUUUAAUAGUACUAUUGCUUGUUCUUACUAUUGGUCAUUGUCAAGGUGCUAUAAAAACAUGGGUAGGACCACCAGAGGAAAAUGAUUGGUCGGUACCUUCGAAUUGGAACCCAGCAAGUACACCUACAUCGGUUGAUGAUGUUAGAAUUUUAGAUGAAAACAACAAUACAGUGGUCUUUUCAUUUGAAUCAGAUGUAGAAUUUGGAUCAAUCAUAUUGGGAAGCUCAACAGGACCAUACACAAAUGGUACACUUUUAUUCUUGGGUGGAUUUACAACUUUAGGAAAGAUUAAUAUAAGUAGUGCAUCGUUGAUGUAUAUGGGAUCAUUCGUUGAUCAAACUCCAUACUCUUAUUAUACUGCAAACUUGAUAUCUGUUGAUAAAGAAGCUGGUUUAUUAAUUGGUAAUGCUACCGUUAUAAGUCAAAUUUAUAAUUAUGGUUCAGUUUUAUUAGAUGGUAGAGGAUUAGUUGCAUUUAUAGAAAAUUCAGCAAAUAUUAUUUUUGAAGAAAAUGCAAGUUACAAGUCUAUAUCUUUUAAUAAUAGAAAUGGAUCGGUUGAAUUAAAAGCUGGUGUAGUUUUAGAUUUAUAUGGUAUUGAAAAUGGUGAUUAUUCAAGUUUUCAAAAAGGAUCAAAUUUAUAUGCAUCAAAAGGAGCAUCGUUGGGUAUUAUAAAUGAAACAUUUUACCUUGCCGAGUCAAAUUUGGAUUUUAAUCAAGCAUCCAUUUAUGCUCAUGGAGUUUAUAUGUUGAUUGGACAUCACUCUCAUUUUAAUAUGACUGGAACCUAUACCAAUUAUGAUGGGGACGGAGGUGACUCUCAAUUUAAUGCAUUUGAAUCAAAUGCAACCAUUGUCAAUGCUACCGUUCAUUUUAAUCAUUCUGCCUUUUACCUUUCUGAUAGUCAGUUUAAUAUUUUUGGUACUUCUGAUAUUUACAUGAUAGAUUCUUAUAUCCUAACUCUUGGUACUGGAGGUUAUUUGAAUAUUUUUGGUGAAACAAUUAUGAGAGCAUAUCAUUCAAAUAUUACAAUUGAUAGAAUAUUAUUGUUGGAUGAAAAUGCUAAACUUUAUCUAUCAGACUCUGACCUUUAUGUUUUUGGUAGCUCUACUACUCUUGCCAUUGCAACUGCUGGAGAUAGUAGAUUAUAUUUAAAUGAUCAUUCAGAUUUGAUUGUAGAUGGACUUUUCUAUAUGACAAAUUCAUCAAAGGUUUCAAGUAAUUUAGGACAAUUUUUCAUUCAAGGUUACAUGGUAAUGCAACAUUUUUCAAUGGUAGAAUUGGAAGAUACUGAAUGCUAUUUAACAGGACUCAUUGUUUUAUAUGAUAGUUCUGAAAUGUUUUUUAACAAUACAUACCUUUAUGUUAAUGGAUCGGUCGGUGCAUUUGAUAAUUCUACUCUAAAUAUUGAUAGAUCUACACUUUCUAUUCCAGGCAAUUUAACAUUAACUUCCAAAUUCCUUUCAACUGAUUCUAUAAUUAAUGUUGAUGAAUAUUUUCAAAGUCUUGGAGUUUAUAUUGGUUUAAAUACAGAUAUAUCGGUAAGUGGUCAAUUCCAAUCUAUAGGAAUUACUAUUUGGCAACAAACUAGUUUAAUUUGUAAUGGUACUGCUAAAUUUGAUAGUCAAUUUUUUGGUGAACAUGUAAAUAUUACAGUUCAAUCUGGAGAUUUGGUAUUUUUAGAAAACUCCAAUUUUACUUGUACCAAUUGUACUAUAUCUGUAUUGUCUGGUGUAUUUGAAUACCAACAAGGUACAAGACUUGAACUGUUUAAUACUACAUUGACCAAUAAUGGUACAGUAUCAUCACUUGGUGAUGUUUCAUUGUCACCUGGUAGUAGUAUUACCAAUACUGGUCUAUUUACAAUAUUAUCGAAUAUUAUUGCAAAUGCCACAACCAAUAAUCAAACAAAUCACGCAGAGAUUAAUAAUUCUGGAUCAAUCAAUUCACAAUCAAAUGUUACUAUUGAUGUUUUAAUUAAUAAUUCUGGUAAUUUCUCGAUUGAAUCAAAUAGUAGUAUCUAUGUUCAAGAGUUUACUCAAACCGAUGGUGGUAAUCUACAACUAGUUGGUGGAGGUUCAAUCACAUCUUACCUUAACCUUAAUAUUCGAGGUGGAUCAGUCUAUGGUAAUGGUGCAAUUAAUACUAGUUUGGAUUUAAAUAAUAAUGGUCAAUUGGGUAUAAAGAAUAGAACCAGCGCACUAGAAAUCUAUGGUAACCUUACACAAUCUAGAAAUACCACAACAGUCAUUAGAAUUAAUACUAUUGAUGAUUUUACUAAAUAUAAAAUUAUUCAAUCGAUGGAAUUGGCAGGAACAUUAUUAGUAUAUAUGAAUAAGAAUCUAUUGGGUAAUGAUGUCAAUGUAACUAUUAUUAGUUAUAAUCAAACUAGUAGUAGUGGUGGUGACUUUGGCAAGAUUAAAGUAUUGACCUAUGACCCUGAAAAUAAUGACGAUGAAGAGGAAGUUGAAUGUCAAGCACAACCUACCAAGGGUGGUAAAAACUAUUCCCUCCUCUUACAAGAUUGUGUAUCUAUUACAUCCCAAAACAAUAGAAACAAAGUGAUUGUAGGAGCAGUAGUUGGAUCUAUUGUGGGUGCAUCUGUGUUGGUUGCUUCUUAUAUCACAUACAAGAAAUACCUUGCAAAGAAACUAUUCCAAAAGAAAUUAAAUAGUCUUCAAGUUAAAAUGGAUGCAAACAUAAAUAGCGGUUUAUGGAUCAUUGGGGAGUACUACUCUAAUAAUAAAAGAAUAGAAUAG